UUCACGAGUUGUUUUUCUUUGUGUAACCACACGCGCUACGCUAAAUAACUCUUCUUGAAUUAGUAUCGAAUGUACUGAAACCUCGACCGUUACUUUACUGCACUGAAACAUCAUUUAUUAAAUCUUUGUGUCCGGAUAAACUCGACUCGGUGCACGUUGAAGCUUUUCGGCCGAGUUAGCUUGGUUUAGCUUAGCUCGCUAGCCACUAACAAAGCGAACAAAAACAUACAUUUGUUCAGUAAGUUUUUAGCAACACAUCGCUAAACACAGUUCAAGUGUGAUCUGUGAGUCCAAUCUUCUGGACUUCAGGAUUAUCGUGUGAAAAUGUGUGCAAGACCAACAGCAAAGUACGUGAAGGAAUUUAGUGGAAUAAAAGAGGAGAACGAACGUCAACUGCUGGACGCUGUUUGCAAGCAGCCACGAGUUGUGUUACACACAGCAGACGUCAGUGAAAAAUAUCUUCGUCCUUGGCAGCAGGAGCCAGAGUCCCCUCACGUUAAAAAGGAGGAGGAAGAAGAGCACCCUUUCAUUAAAGAGGAAGCAGAGGAGCACCAUCACAUUAAAAAGGAUCCAAAACCCCCCCUUAUGAAAGAGGAGGAGGAUCUCACAGAGUUACCAUCGUACUUUGACCCUUUGAAGAGUGAAGAUGAAGACAAGGGUCUGAGUGAGGCGAACAGAGGGACGGAGCCUCCAAGCAGGAGCUCAGGUCAACCCACAGCAAUUGAAGGUGCUGGAGACCACUGUGGAGGAUCCCAGGCAGAUAGUGACAACAUAAUGUCACAAUCUCCUGACAUUGAUGAUGACCAUGAUGACGAUGAUGAUGAGGAUUAUGAUGAUGUUGAUGAUGAGGAUUAUAAUUAUGACGAUGAUGAUGAUGAACUCUCUGAAGAUGAUAUGGCAUUUGACAACAAAGGCUGGAAAUGUUCUCUGUGUGGGAAAACAGGUAGAUCAAAGGCGCAUUUGAAAGUUCAUAUGAGACGACACACUGGAAAGAAACAUUUUAACUGCUCAGUUUGUGGCAAAGGCUUUUAUGAGAAGUCAGGUUUAACAUCACAUGCAAGAACACACACUGGAGAGAAACCUUUUGUCUGCUCAGUUUGUGGCAAAAGCUUCUUUGGCAAGUCAAGUUUAACAUCCCACACAAGAACACACACUGGAGAGAAACCUUUUGUCUGUUCAGUUUGUGGCAAAAGCUAUUCUGUAAAGGCAAGUUUAACAACGCACACAAGAACACACACUGGGGAAAAACCUUUUAUCUGCUCAGUUUGUGGCAAAAGCUUCUAUGACAAGUCAACUUUUACAAAGCAUACAAAAACACACACAGGAGAGAAACCCUUUGCCUGCUCACUUUGUGGUCGAAGAUUCUCUCGUAAGGAACUUUUUAAAAGACACAAAAGAACACACACUGGAGAAAAACCCUUUCCAUGCUCAGUUUGUGGUAAAGGAUUCACUCAGAAGGGAAACUUAAAAAUACACACAAGAACGCACACUGGAGAGAAACCUUUUACCUGCUCAGUUUGUGGUGAAAGUUUCACUGUAAAGUCAAGUUUAAUAUCUCACACAAGAACACACACGAAAGAGAAACCUUUUGUCUGCUCAGUUUGUGGUCAAAGAUUCUCUCAAAAGGGUCAAUUAAGAAAACACAAAAACACACACUGAGGAAAAAAACAGUCGGAGUGUUUGUGCUAAAAGAUUUUAAUGGUUUUGUCAAGAGACAGAAGUGUGCUGGUGAGAAUAAAGAUUGUUGAAGCUUUUUAAAAACACUGAAUAAAACAAUGAGUAACUGUGUAUAUGUGAUAUUGAAUAAAAUAUGACUGGCAAUUUUAUGACGACAUGAAGACAGGUGUGAAUGUGAGUGUGAAUGG